AUUCUUUGGGUACAGGCAUGUUGAGUUUAGACUCUAUUCAUCAUCUUUUAUCACAGAUUUUAUUUAUAGUGCCGUAUAGUUCCACCGCUUUUAUGUGGUCUUCAAAAAUCGUGGACAGUGCUCAACGUCGCGGUUGCAGCAAAACAACAUAAAUACAGAAUCGAGUUUUCUGCGUAACUGCUGUUAUCGGUAUCAAUAUUGGAUUAAAAGCACUAAAACAAUCGUCGAGUCAAAGUUAUAUGACCUUGAAGACUAGCGCCAGUACUGUCUACUGUGUCUUGUAACACGUAACACAUAUAAAUAACAAAGUAACAGAAAGGGAAAGCGACUUCGCUGCUCGUUGUUAAAAUGGCUGUGGAGAGCCCAGUAGUGGACAGCUACUUUCAGCAGUUUUGCGAUUACAUGAAGCGUGAUACAAGAGGAGUAGAGAUCGCAACCUAUACCAUCUCUGGAGUUUUAUUCGCUGUUGCCUAUAACAAGAUCAGACCGCUCACCCGAUUCGGCAAACCGUCGGACAUCCCGAAGCACUUCAUUCGCGAGCAAAUCCCACAGUACGGUCGCGUUCAGAAGAUUGAACCAACAAUUCAGUCCGGUCCGUUGCUGAUCGUAAAACAUCGACCACCGUUAAAUUUGUUCUUUUGGUCUAGCAAAACGUUGCCCGUUCGGGUGGCUGGUAUCGACAUCAACGCAAACGGUUACUCGUGGCUACAGUCGGUGGUAGUUGACCGUAAGGUCACAUUCCUCCCUAUUCAGGCCAGCAGUAGCAAGGAGUUUGCCGAGUGCAGCGUUUACUUUCAGGAACUGUCGAGCGAUAGGAAAUGGCACCGCAAGGUAGAUGUGGCGCAGGCUUUGCUCAAUCUCGGUUUCGCGAAGCUAACCGUUCCGGUACCGAGAGGAAAAAUUGACAGCAAAGAUGUAUUCGAGCGAAAGAUUCAGGCCUACUUUCGUACGUUGGCUAGAAGCGAAAACACUGCCAAAGAACGCCGUAUCGGACUGUGGCAGCAGACGCUUCCGCCUAAGCUGUGGCCGGUAAAACUUUGGCAAAACGCCUUAGACGGUUUGGCAUUGCGCAUCAUGCCAAAGACGCAUCGUUUGCCCGAGUUGGUCCGGUAGUUUCACACCGUCGGUUUGGUACGGAUAAAAAACACAGUAAGUCAACUCUAUCGCACAAUGACAGCAGAUUUAUACAUAAAUAGUAUUUUCAACUGCGGCACUGUUGAAGAAAUGUUGCUUUUUGAAAGCGACACUCGAAACCUUUUAGUCUAUCCAAUAUUCGAUUGGGUCGUUUUAAGCUUGUUAAGAUGUAUAACUUUUAUAGAAAUGUUCGCCUUGAGCCAAGAAUUGCGGUUGUUUCCGA